UUUUGAGGUGAAACAAAGUGAUUUGUAAGUGGCUGGGACUUCCGGACAAUGCGUCAGUCUUUGCUGUUUAAGAAGCGUCGGUCUUUGCUGUUUAAGUAUAUUAAGUUUUGGACUUUCCCCCCUAUAAAUCACUCGAUAUCAACUCAAAAUUCUCUUGAUCCCAUAAAUCCCCCGAUAUCUCUCUUAAUUCAUCCAAAUUGCCCUUUAUAUCCCAUAAUCCUCCGUAUACUUAACUUACAGAUUUUCCAAUUACGCAUUGUCCGGGCAUGUGUUUUUUGUAGUGUUUUGGAAAAUUUAGCACUUCUGCUGAUAGAAAAAAUGAAAAAAGAAAAUAUGUAG